AAGGGUAGUCUAAUUACUAUCUCACAUUUUUUUCCUCUCUCUGAAAAAGUCUUCUCACCCAAUGAACAAGCAAAGGAUUCAAUCCAAAUCCUUCGAUCCGUUAAAUUUUUAUCACCUUUGUUCACUUGGUUCUUCAUAAUAGGUUCUCCAAUGGCGUCGGCAGUGGCGGAGCGAAUCGAACUCGCGAAGCACUGCACAUCAAAGGAUUGGUCAAAGGCAAUCCGCGUUCUCGAUUCUUUUCUUUCCCGUUCCUGCAUCAUUCAAGACCUCUGUAAUAGAGCAUUUUGCUAUAGUCAAUUGGAGUUGCAUAAACAUGUGAUUAAGGACUGCGACAGGGCGCUGGAACUCGAUCUUACGCACAUCGAAGCCUACAUUUUGAAAGGUCAUGCAUUUUCUGCUUUAGGGAGGAAAGAGGAAGCUCUUUCAGUUUGGAAGAAAGGUUAUGAACAUGCUGUUUGUAAACCUUCAGAUUUGAAACAACUACUGGAGCUGGAAGAGCUCCUGGGAAGUGCGAAAGGCGAUGGUUCUAUUGCCCAUGAGAACCAUGCUGUGGAGUCAACUAAGUCAUCUUCUUCUGCAUCUGAACCUGUCGAUUCUGUUGAACCAAGUGAAACAUAUAACCACCUUGAGAAUUCUAAUGGCAAAAUUGAACAUUGCAGCAAGUUGACUGACCGAUUGGAUGCCCAUGACAACUUAUAUGACGGAUCAGAAUUUCACAGUGAAUCAAGUCGUAAUGAUGAAGGGAUUAAACUGUUUGGUCAUCAAUCAAAUGGGAAACAUGAAAGUCAACCAAAUGGAGCUAAUUAUAUUCACGAAGCAUUGAGUGAUUCAUCUCAAUCAUGCAUGAGUUCAUCGGCGCUCUCUAGUGAAUCCAUCAACUUGUCAGAUAUUUACAGUGAAUCAAUUAAUUUAUCAGAAACGUGCGAUGAAACAAGUGAUGAAGCCAAGAGUAGCAAAAAGUUCUGUGUGGCUAGGAUUUCUAAGAACAAGUCGAUAAAUGUAGAUUUCCGAUUAUCUAGGGGAAUUGCACAGGUUAAUGAUGGAAAAUAUUCUUACGCUGUAGAGAUCUUUGAUAAGAUACUAGAAGAAGAUCCUGAUUACCCUGAGGCGCUAAUUGGAAGGGGAACGGCAUACGCAUUUCAACGAGAACUGCAUUCUGCUAUUGCUGAUUUUACAAAGGCUAUACAAUCAAAUCCAUCAGCUGGUGAGGCAUGGAAGCGUAGAGGGCAAGCUCGCGCAGCGUUGGGAGAAUCUGUGGAGGUACCACUUUCACUCCCUCCCCAGAAUUAUGGGCACAUUGGAAUGUUGUAUAUUACCAAUCACAGUGGUUUAGACAGGAGAAGGGAGAUGGUGAUAGGUGAUAAGUCAGACUUGGUUCAAGAGAUGGUAGUUACAGGUGGGCUUCUGCUGCCAAUACCUGUCAUCUUAUUAUUGCUUCUAAAUCUCUUAGUUGAACACAUUAACUUAAUGAUGGAAGCUGAAAUCUUGAUUUCUACUUUAAACCCUUUUAAGUUGCAAUAUUCUGGUGUCAGAGAAAUAUUUGAUCAUGAUGACAAAACUAGUGCAGGAAUUGUAAAUUAUAAAUUUAAGGAUUUCACUGCUGCUGUUGAAGACUUAUCUGCAUGUGUAAAAGUUGAUAAGGAUAAUAAAUCUGCGUACACUUACUUGGGUUUGGCUCUAUCUUCGAUUGGCGAAUAUAGAAGGGCUGAAGAGGCACAUAUGAAAGCAAUUCAGAUAGAUCGAAAUUUUAUGGAGGCUUGGGGUCAUCUAACCCAGUUCUAUCAAGACAUGGCGAAUUCAGAAAAGGCUCUGGAAUGCAUUCGCAAUAUUCUUCAAAUUGAUGGAAGGUUUGUCAAAGCAUAUCAUCUGCGGGGGCUACUUCUUCAUGGCAUGGGAGACCACAGGAAUGCCAUCAAGGAUUUGUCAGUCGCGUUGAGUAUUGAGAGCUCAAGUAUUGAAUGCCUGUAUUUAAGAGCUUCAUGUUAUCACGCUAUUGGAGAAUAUAAGGAAGCAGUGAAGGAUUAUGAUGCUACUUUGGAUCUGGAAUUAGAUUCAGUGGAAAAGUUUGUUCUCCAGUGCCUGGCCUUCUACCAGAAAGAAAUAGCAUUAUACACAGCUUCGAAGUUCAACAGUGAAUUCUGUUGGUUUGACCUUGAUGGCGAUAUAGAUCCCCUCUUCAAGGAAUAUUGGUGCAAAAGGUUGCAUCCAAAGAAUGUAUGCGAAAAAGUGUACAGGCAGCCUCCUUUACGUGAUUCUUUAAGGAAGGGAAAGCUAAAAAAGCAAGAAUUAGCACUCACUAAACAGAAAACUAUUCUUCUACAGACAGCAGAUUCUAUUGGCAAGAAGAUCCAGUAUCAUUGCCCAGGUUUCUUGGCCAACAGGCGUCAGCAUCGGAUGGCAGGUCUAGCUGCUAUUGAGAUUGCUCAAAAGGUCUCGAAGGUUUGGCGUUCUCUACAAGCAGAAUGGAAGCAUUCAAUUAAAGGCACAGGAAAAUAUGGUAAGAAAGCAAGGAGAAAGGAAAGACUCAAUCCUCCUAGUCAGAACAGAGGUGGUGCUGGUUGUACCACAAGCAGUUUUUUAGAGCAGACAACUUCAUAUGGCUCUACAGAAGAUAGAUCAUUUGGACGUCCUACAAUGUCAUGGCAUGAUGUUUAUUCAUUGGCUGUUAAGUGGAGACAGAUUUCUGAACCGUGUGACCCCGUUGUCUGGGUUAACAAGCUGAGUGAGGAGUUUGAUGCUGGAUUUGGGUCCAAUACUCCCCUUAUUCUCGGUCAAGCCAAUGUUGUUCGCUACUUCCCAAAUUUCCAGAGAGCGUUACGUGUGGCCAAGGCUGUAAUUAAGGAGAAUAAAUAUGUGCGUGACAGGAAGGAUAACAUUAUUUAUUUGACUGAUGAUGGGAAAGUGCAAGAAAUAAUGAACGCAAAAUCAUGCUUAGAUCUUUACAAAACUAUUGGUGAGGAUUUCUGGUUGGCUACUUGGUGCAACAGUACGGCAGUUGAGGGGAAACGCCUUGAAGGAACAAGGAUCACCCUACUAAAAUCAGGUGAAAAUGGGUUUGAUUUUGCAAUUAGAACACCUUGUACACCUUCUAGGUGGGAAGACUUUGAAGUGGAAAUGAUUUCAGCAUGGGAGGCAUUAUGUGAUGCUUAUUGCGGGGAAAAUUACGGGUCAACAGAUUUUGAUGUGCUUGAGAAUGUGAGAGGGGCAAUUUUAAGGAUGACAUAUUACUGGUAUAAUUUCAUGCCACUAGCCAGAGGAACUGCUGCUGUUGGGUUCAUAGUGUUGCUGGGACUGUUGCUUGCUGCUAAUAUGGAGUUCACUGGGAGCAUUCCAGAAGGUCUGCAGGUGGAUUGGGAAGCAAUUCUGGAAUCCGAUCCCAAUUCCUUUAUGUCUUCCAUAAAGAGUUGGCUUUAUCCUUCUCUCAAGAUCAGUACAUCUUGGAAAGGGUACCCUGAUGUAGCGUCAACUCUUGAGACAACAGGAUUGGUUGUUGCUGCUUUGAGCACCUACUUUGAAUGAGCAAACUUGCGUAUUUAACCAAUUACUAUGAAUAAGACAACCAUUGUCUAGCAUCCUGGAAUGUCAUGAAAACCAGAACCAGAACCAGAACCAAAAACUCUGGCGAUAUUUCAAAACUUUUACGUAGUUUGUGCUAUCAAAUGAAUUAUGUACUGUGCAUUAUCGUUCCGAGAGCUGUAUGUUUUUAAUGUAUUUGUUAGUUUGUUGGAAUUAUUUUAUUUUGGUUUACUUGUUUUAUUACAGUUGCAUUAUCUAUAUAUUAUCUUUAUACUUGGUGAA